AUGGCGACCGCAGCACCUUCAGCUCCAGCGGGAGACAGCAACGCAGGAUCAGCAGGACCACAGAACAGAGGAGGACAUAGAGGACGCGGCAGAGGAAGAGUGGGUCCAAGAGGAGGAGGAGGAGGCUUCGCAGAAGGCUCUACGUUCAACGGCGGUGAUUCAGCACGAGGAGAUGGCGGAGGAAGAUCUCGCGGUCGAGGAAGAGGAAGAGGAGGCGGAGGAGGUCGCGGCAGAGGCAAUAGAGAUCGAGAAAACAGCCAGUCAACUGCACAAUCCAGCGGACAAGACCCAACACAAGCACAAAUACCCCCUCAGCCCGGUGGAACUGGCGUCUUUGGUGCUCGCCUUACCAAAGACGCCAAUGGAAAUCCAAAAGGCGAGAACGAGGGUGCGGAGAUUGCAGGAGACGAUGUCGAGGCUGAGGUGUGUUUUAUUUGCGCAUCGCCAGUCUCUCAUAAUUGUGUUGCUCCAUGUAAUCACCGCACCUGUCACAUCUGCUCCCUCCGUAUGCGUGCGCUGUACAAAAGCAAGGCUUGUGCGCACUGCAGAACGGAGGCUGCAAAUGUCAUCUUCACGGAUGAUGCUGAGAAGAGGUAUGAGGACUUCAAGACGGGGGACAUCUUCAAGGACGAUCCGAAUCUGGGCAUCAGCUAUGAGAAGCUAGAGAUCUUCGAGGAUACUGUACUCUUGUUGAGGUACAACUGCCCGGACGAAGACUGCGAUGUCGCAUGUCUUGGAUGGCCGGACUUGCAUCGUCAUGUCAGAAGUGUACACCAGAAGGUCAUGUGUGAUCUUUGCACAAGGAACAAGAAGGUCUUCACGCACGAACACGAACUCUUUACACACCAAGAACUGAGGAAGCACGAGAAGUAUGGUGACGAUAAUCCUGGAGCCAUCGAUCAGAGUGGCUUCAAAGGGCAUCCUGAGUGUGGGUUCUGUCGACAGCGCUUCUACGGCGAAGACGAACUUUUCACUCAUUGCAGAGAACGGCACGAGAAGUGCCAUCUUUGUGAAAGGAGGAAUCCAAACAGUCCGCAGUACUUCCAGAAUUACGAUGCUCUUGAGGCGCACUUCAACAAGGAUCACUUCCCUUGUCUCGACCAAGAGUGUCAGGAGAAGAAGUUUGUAGUCUUCGAUUCAGAGAUGGACCUCAAGGCACAUCAGCUGCAAGAGCAUCCCAAUGGACUGUCAAAGGAUGCACGACGAGAUGCUAGGCGUGUUGACAUCUCAUCUUUUGACUACCGACCACAAUACCAGGAACCACGUCGAGGAGGACGAAGACCUGGUAGAGGUCGCGACCCGAACGCUGAAGCCAUGCCUGCAGCUUCUGCUGGGCAAAUGAGCCGUGCCGAGCUUGCUCACCAAAGGGAGCGAGAGAUUCAGAGCGCACAGUCUGUAACAAGUCGGUCUUUCGGUGGGCAGCUCAGCGCUCCCGAUCCAACGCCGGCACAAGCGAGAGGUCCGGCGCAAUCCCGAGCGCUAGCAAGUCCUCAGGUCAACAACGCCCAACCUGCAGCACCUGCAGUACAGCCUAUCUCACCGAGACCAGCGCAAGCACAAACUCCACAAGAACAAGCAAGAGCUCUACGACAUGCUACUGUGACGGAACGUGCUGGUAAUCUACUUCGCAACGACAAGGUGAAGCUCGAUGAAUUCCGUGAACGCAUCUCGGCAUAUCGAAACGAUCGAAUCAGCGCUGGCGAUCUCAUCGACGCCUUUUUCGCACUGUUUGACACCUCUUCAGACCAGCUUGGUAAGCUCAUUAAAGAGCUCGCAGACAUCUUCGAGCUCAGCUCGAAGCGUGAUGGCUUGCUGAAAGCGUGGUCAGACUGGAAGGCUAUCAACGAAGACUACCCUUCAUUGCCGGGUCCUGCUGGUGCCAAUACUACCGCAGCUGGAAUCCUUGGACAAGGCGUUGGUGCAUCACGAGUACUGAAGCUGAAGAGCUCAACAGCACAAAGUUCACGUUCCUCCGUUGGCCGACAGGCCUCAUGGGGUACAGCCUCCGGCACAACGCGAUCCAACCCUUUCCCAUCGUUGCCACCAACCAACGGCGGCCCCUCAACAGCACGCGGACAAGCGCCUCCAGCACCCACACCCAAUUGGCUCGCCAUGCGUCCCGCCGGUUCAUCAACCUCCUCAUCAGCCCGCCCUUCACCACAACCAAGCAGGAACGUCUCAUCGGCGAACUUGUCCAACAAGAGCGCCUUUCCAUCUUUGCCAGCCGCUAAGAAACCCACGAGUACCGUCUUCACACCCGGUUACACUGGUAGAGGCGUCAUUAGAAGUGACUCCAACUACGCUGGUGCUAACGCCUGGGGUGGGGGCGGAAGUGCCAGCAAUGGCGCGAGCACUCCAGUCCUACAGGCUGAAGACGAUGGGGCUGGGAAGGGGAAGAAAGGGAAAGGGAAGAAGCAGGUGUUGUUUAAUUGGGGUUAG